UGGAGGCACACGUGUCAGUCAUCGAUUAUCCAAUGGCGUCAUUGUAAGUCGAAGGUCAAGAGCGAAGCAGCAUGGCCGCUCUUUUAAGGGGCUCGCGCUGUCUUGUAGGAAAGUAUCAUAACCAUGUCAACGCCGUGCAGGUCUCCAUCAGGUCCAUGGCCUCUAAAACCCAGGUGGGCUUCGUUGGCCUGGGGAACAUGGGAAACCCGAUGGCAAAGAACCUCAUGAAACAUGGAUAUCCAGUGAUAGCCUCAGAUGUAUUUCCAGAGUCCUGCAAAGAGCUACAGGAACUAGGAGCUCAGAUCCUGGACAGCCCUGCGGAUGUGGCAGACAAAGCAGAUCGAAUCAUCACAAUGCUUCCCUCCAGCCCCAAUGUUAUAGAUGUGUAUACAGGCCCAAAUGGCAUCCUGAAGAAAGUGAAGAAGGGAUCCCUACUCAUUGAUUCCAGCACUAUUGAUCCAGCUGUCUCCAAGGAAAUGGCAGUUGCCGCAGAGAAAAUGGGAGCAGUUUUCAUGGAUGCCCCAGUGUCUGGAGGUGUUGGUGCUGCCACUUCAGGUAAGCUCACCUUUAUGGUUGGUGGGCCAGAGGAAGAAUUCAAUGCAGCCAAGGAACUUCUGACCUGUAUGGGUGCUAAUGUGGUGUACUGUGGCCAAGUUGGCACUGGACAGGCAGCUAAAAUCUGCAACAAUAUGCUGCUGGCCAUUGGGAUGAUUGGAACAGCAGAGACCAUGAACUUGGGAAUCAGAUUAGGGCUUGACCCUAAACUUCUGGCGAAGAUCUUGAACAUGAGCUCUGGCCGCUGCUGGUCAAGUGACACAUACAACCCUGUCCCGGGAGUUAUGGAGGGAGUGCCCUCGGCAAACAACUACCAGGGUGGCUUCGGAACUACACUCAUGGCCAAGGAUCUGGGACUUGCUCAGUAUACAGCAACUAACACAAAGACACCAGUGCCAUUGGGCUCUCUGGCCCAUCAGAUUUACCGCAUGAUGUGCGCACGCGGCUACGCCAGCAAGGACUUCUCAUCCGUCUUCCAGUUCCUUCGAGAAGAGGAGGGCCAGUAGACGGCGACCCUCUCUGUCCCUUCCACAGCCUUACCCAGCACUGCCUGCCUUUCACAUGAGCUGACAUGCAAAACUUUGACCCCACUAUGUGAUUUCAUUGGCAUGCGUGUGCUUGGGAGCCAUAAAUGAAUGAGUGAACACAUAUCUAGAUAGGAUGGUAGUGGGAAAGACGUGUGUGUGUGUGUGUGUGUGUGUGUGUGUCAUGUUUGAGGCUGUGAGUUCCUUACCUUUGUGGGCCCACUCAUGUACAAUUAGUAAUCCACCAAUCACUUGAUGAGAUGCUGUGAAUUAAAUUUUUGUUCUUGCCUUAGUUGCGGUUCUGUAGGCUAACAAAAAUGUAAAGACCACAAACUCGCAAGACUCCGAUCAGCCGUUACACUCCUUUUCAUUGCAUAUGUCCAAUUUUAGUUUGUAUGUCUUUAAUAUAUCUUGCUGUGGGCUAGUCUUUGAAAUUGUUAAUGGUGUUUGAUCUACAUGUUGUAUUCAUGUACAUUUAAACACCUGAAAAUUAAAGCAGGAAAUACCUGUAGUUUUGAUGUUAAGACUGGCGUGUUGAUGCAUGUUUAUAACACCUAUUUUUUCAGUUCUUCACAAACCUGGAAACUGAAGUUGUAUUGUAAGGGUACUAAGCAAGAUUUACAAUUGCAUAGGUAAUCCUGAUGAAUGCGGUUGACCAGUUAAAAUGAUGUAACAAAGCACAUAGUUUUACCUGGUCUCCUCCCUCUCUUCAAGGUCAAGCAGUGAAUCUUUAUGAAGCCUCACCUUGAAUUCAGCAGCACGUAACAUGCACAAUAAAGAUGACUCAUCAACACUACAAAUCUU